AUGUCGGCAAAAAACAACUCGAGUCCGGCGCGGCUUAUGAAACGAUCUCGGGCAAGCGAAGCAGCAGUUGACAGCGUGCAAGUCAAUCGUGAACGGACGAAACGACGUCGAACUUCGACAAGCGAUGGUCUGGGCACCUCGAACUGGUCUUUAUCCCGGGGUAUUGCCGGACAUUUCGCAAAGGCGAAUCCUAUUCUUACACCCGACGAGCAAUAUAUUAUCUUGGGCCUUGAGACAGCGGUCCAAAUAUAUUCUGUCGCAACAUCUCGCCUUUUUCGGAUUUUCGAUAUCGGCCAGAGUGUCAGUGGAUUUGUCUUGAACCAAGACCGCCUUUUUAUCGUAUCAUCAUCCGGGUCAAUUAGCGAGUGGGAUUGGCCCUCCAGGAAACAGGUCGCGCAGUGGGAUACAGCACACGGAAUCAUAUCGGCCGAUCUUGUGUACAAUACCCUGUUCUCUCUACGGAAGCGUAAGGAUGGAAUGAAAGAGCUGGUGGUCAUGCCGCUGGAUAGCGAGAAACCUCAAAGCACCAUCAUUCUCGAAACCCAUUUCAACAUCGACAACUUCCGGGUCACCGAAAGCGGAAAGGCCGUUGUUGCAUACGGCGGCGCGUGUAUAUUUGUCGGGACUCGCUGCGCUACUUCUGUCCCAAAAUAUACAUGGAAAGAAAUUAAACUUGCUAUCAGCAUCACCUGUAUUGAUAUCAAGCAGGUGAACAGCAAUUUUGAUCUUGUAUUAGGAGGAACAGACGGUUCCAUAUUGGUAUACCAUGCCGCAUUUACCAAAGGACAAAAGUGCCGGCGACUACACUGGCACCGAGACCCCGUCACAGCUGUCCGCUGGUCGAAAGAUGGCAACUAUGUUAUCUCGGGUGGCUACGAGUCAGUCAUGGUACUCUGGCAAUUGGAUACGGGCCGAAAGCAGUUUCUCCCUCAUCUGUCCUCUCCAAUCUGCAACAUAGUUGUUUCCGAAAGCGGAAAUUCUUAUGCUGUUAGUCUGGCAGAUAAUCGCGUUGUGGUCUUGUCAGCAAGAGAGUUACAGCCCUUGUCUACAAUAACUAGUCUGCAACUGGCCACAGGGUCCAGAGCAGUUGCAGCUGUGCACCCGCAGCAUCCAGAGCAGUUGCUGAUUGCCGUACCUUCAUCAGGUGAUGCAAGCUGUCCCAUUUUACAGACGUACGAUAUUCGCUCAGGAGUCCAUAUAUCACGUCAAGCUCUUGCACGUACCAACGCAACCACCUUGAAUAUCGGUCCGGACGGGACUCAUAUUCUUCCCCCUGACAUCAAUCAUUUCAGCAUCUCUGAGGAUGGGAAAUGGAUGGCUACUGUUGAUAGCUGGUGGCCUGAAGAUAUCAACUUGGGCGCCACAGUCGAGGAGUAUCUAAAAUUUUGGCGCUGGAACGAGUCAUCCUCCCUGUGGCAAUUGGUCACACGCAUAGACAGUCCACAUAUCUCUACCAACGCACCAGCAGCUGUUCUUGAUGUUGCUUCUCGACCGAAUAGCCAUGAGUUUGCGACAAUAGGAUCAGACGGAUUACUUCGUCUUUGGCGCCCCGUCAUCAGGCAGCGCUUGAGGGAAAAUGAUGAACAUGCAGCAGAGACUUGGAAAUGUCGCAACGUUUUGGAUCUCAAGGCCGACUUUACCACUACAUCUGCCUCGAUCUGCUUUUCUGCGGAUGGAUCAGUUCUUGCGGUGUCGACAUCCACCCUGACCGUUCUUGUCGAUGUGCGCAGUUGCAGUGUUAGAUGUAGCAAAGUCGGGGCCCACGCGGGAGAUGUUUGCGCAAACGCUUUUCUAGGUUGUCAUCUUCUCAUCGCCGCCAUUGACCGUCUGUCUAUAUGGGAUACAGUCAAUGAUGCAGUGCGGACGUUAGAUGCAGAGUGUCAUCUGCUUGCUGUGAAUCCCAGGACACAGACUUUCGCUACGGCUGGAAGGAAGAAGAAGCGGAUCCAAAUAUUUGAUAUUAACGCUACAUUAGUUUAUCGUUGCAAAGUCGCCAAAGAGCCCGUGUCUUUGCUCUCGAACUCGCAUUCCACCGACUAUGUUAUUGUGGACGCCGGAGCCAAUGUACAGCAAAUCAGCUGUUCGAGCAAAACCCCCCAGGUCAAUCCAUUGGCGGAAAUCGAACCCUCAGACCUUGGAUUGGACGGUUUGUUCGGACGCCAGUCCUCGGCUGUUGUGGGCAAAGCUUCGACAUCAGAAAUCGCGGUUGUGGUUAAAGAAACUGGGUUGGCUGGUGUCUUCGGCGAUACGCCUCCUUUUGUUCUACCUCCUUCGCGAGUCGUCUUCCGCGACCUCGUCAAAGCUUUGUCUGCUUAG